GACCCACCAGUUGGUCCGUUACUUGAGCCGGUACACGAACCAGAACGUCAUCAUCGCGGUUGGUGGAGGCGGCUACUCGCUGAAGCGGGCCCUCUUCAACCCGGAGAGCUACGCCAACUCCGAGGGUGGGAUGCUGGCGGCCUUCGGAAGCCUCUUCCAGAACGGGAAGACGAGGAUCUUCACGUACCCGAGCGUCGAUGACGGAGGCAACGUGACCCCUGCAUCAGUGCCGUCCGAUGACGAGCAGAAGCUCUACGAGUACUUGGAGUCGAAAGGCUACAUCCAGCCGCUCACCUCCGCCUACCUCAGUCCCGAG